AUGAAUCGUCCGAGGAAAAAGAAGGAGCUCUCACUAAUGGAAGAGCUUAAGGAAAGAAACCUGAUUGAAGAAGGCGAGAUAGUGGAUAUCCCUGAUAUUGAAAACGAAGACUUGAUAGAGGAAAGCUCGCUAAGCGUAAUCGUCCGCUGCCUCAACCCUACGGUUCAUAAAAUCGGUGGACUUGUUAAGGCUCUUCCCCCAAUCUGGGGAAUGGAAGAUAGAGUUACGGGACGAGGAAGUCAAAGGCCUCCGAAUCCAGUUACUAAAGAAGGAGGCAGUGGAGUCUCUGCUAGCUCCCUAGGACGAGUUGAUAAAGUUGAGCUGAACGCAAAGAACUCAACCUCACUAGAAUACGUGCGUGCACAAGUACUGAUCAAGGCUGAUGAGCCUCUCCAAUAUUGA